AGGUGCUGUUGAUGUGGCAUCAAGAAGUCCAAUGGCAUCUUGGUUCAGUGCAAUGCUUUUCUGCUUUGGUGGGGGACUCUUAUCAUCUCUAAUGCUAGCAGAACCCCCUUUAGCAAUCUUGUCGAAUACCACUAAUAUCAUUUUUGCUUCUGUGAUUUGGUAUAUGGUAUAUUACUUUCCACACGACCUGGUCUACAGAAUUUUUUGCUUCCUACCUCUUCGAGUUAUUGCUGCCGCAAUGAAGGAAGUGACCAGAACUUGGAAAAUCUUAUCUGGAGUCACACAGGCAGAUAGCCGUUUCAGAGAUGCCUGGCUUGUCAUGAUUGCCAAUGGCUGGGCUAAAGCUGCAGGAGGUGGUCUGAUUUCUAACUUUGAGCAACUAGUCCGAGGUGUCUGGAAACCUGAGAACAAUGAACUACUGAAAAUGUCAUUCCCUGUUAAAAUCAGUUUACUUGGAGCAGUUUUAUUUACACUGCAACACAUUCACCUUCUACCUAUAGCAAGAUAUCACCUUAUAUUUAUCUACACCAUGUUUCUAAUUACUACAAAGGUAGGUAUGAUAAAAGUCUAUUGUCUAAAGUCUAAAAGGUUUUUACUGGAACACUGA